CCAAAACACACCAACCAAACAUUUUCGAAAAGGAAUCACUUACGAACUAGAAAAAUGAAGCCUGCUACUACAUUUCUCGUGGCUAUAACUACCAUCGCAAUCGUUCUCUCCACCGCCAGUGCAUCAUCGCUCGGCGGAUGGCAGCGAAUAAAGAACACAAAUGACUAUCGCGUCUGGGAGGUAGCCGAGUUUGCCGUAGGAAUAUACAACGUGAAAAAUCAUUUCAAACAUCCGUUGAGACUCGUAAGCAUUGGGAGCGCCGAAGUGCAGGUGGUGGACGGCUUGAACUACCUGCUCAUCGUGAUGGCGACUGCAAUCGACAGCCUCAACUCCCCGAUAGUUAUGUACCGGACGGAAGUGCACGAGAGACUUGGCGUAAAGGAGCUGAAAUUCUUCACACCUAUAUUUGAUGGAUUGAACUAGAAUCCAUCAUGAACAAUAAUGUAGCUGUCUCUUAAUUUUUUUUUUUAAUUCCUAAGGUUUUCAUAUGUUAGCUUGCUUAAUGAUUAGGAAUAUCAUAAGCUUUUUGUUGGUCUGGCUAGUUAUGGUAUUAGCUGAUUAUGUCUUUUUUUUCAUAAUGUGAUUUGUUGCCUUACUUGCUAGUAUCUAAUUUUAAUUUCAACAAAUUCUUCCACUGUAUAUUGUUCUACUGCAUUGCACCAAAUUCCAUGAACAAUUAAUUAAGGUCAAAAUAAAAAAAUAUAUUAAGCAAACAUCUUCUUAAACAAAAUCACACCAAGAAUCACUUACAUACGAAAUAUGAAGCCCGUUACGUUUCUCGUUGCUUUGACUACCGUUGCGAUCGUUCUCUCCACCAUCAGUGCUAAUCACGCCAGUAGGUGGCGACCGAUAAAGAACAUACACAACUAUCGCGUUCAGGUGAUUGCCGAGUUUGCAGUAGAUAUGCUCAACUUGAAGACCAAUUUCAUAUAUCCAUUGAGACUCGUAAGCAUUCGGAGCGGCCAAGUCCAGGUGGUGGGCGGCGUGAACUACAAGCUCGACGUAAUGACGGCUGGAGACAAUAGACUCGACUCCAAGGGGAGUAUGUACCGAACGGAAGUUCACAAGAGACUUGGCACACAAUAGAGCUCAAAUAUUUCACACCUAUAUAUGAAGGAUUAAAUUAAGAUCCUUCAUGAACAAUAAAUUUAGCCAGUCUUUGUUUUAAUUUUUAAGUAUUUUCCUUUGUUAGUUUGAUCAAUAUAUAUAGCUAGGAAUAAGUAACAGAAGUUUUUGUUGGCCUAGCUAGUUAUGUGAUUAGCUGAUUAUGUCAUUUUUAUCAUAACGUGAUUUCUUGCCUUAAUUGCUAGUAUCUAAUUUCAAUUCCUAUAAAAAUUCUUCCGCUCGAUAUUUUUCUACUGCAUUGCACCAAAUCCCAUGAACAACUAAUGUCAAAAUAAAUAAAUAAAAUAUCAAAACCCUAUUUGACCAUCAUAAUAUAUUAAUGUAACAACAAAUACUCAAUGAUCUGCAAUAAGACGAUUCUAAUACGAAUAAGAACUUGGUCUAUUGAUACUACCUCUAAUCUUGAACCUAAAAAUCUCGGUCUUAUGGAUCGACAACAAGUAUAAGUAUUCAAUCAAUAUAUAUUUUACUUCGUAGAGUAACCAACGGCAUUUCCCUCCUUAAUGAAUUGUCUCAGCAUUUCUCACCUCUCAACCUGAAGCUCGUUUUUUACCUCUAUAAAACUCAAACUGAAAAAUUAGAUUAAUUGCGAUUAGAGGUGGCAAUUCUCAAUACAAUUCACCAAUCUAAUCCAAUCAAAUCCAUUCCAUUAAUUCAUUAAAAAUAUCCAACUAAUCCAAUCUAUUUAAAUCCAAUCCAUUUGAUCCAAAUCCAACUGGAUUGGCGGAUUCAUAAAUUGGAUCCAUGGAUCAUCGGCAAAUUACAGUUUAGUACCUAUAAUUUUUAUUUUUUACAUUUUAGUACCUAAAAUUUAAUUUUUUAUACAAUAAAUAUCAUUGGAAAAAUAUGUUUCGUCCUCUUUAGUGAGUUGUCUAGUACAGAACCUAAAAUGUAAUUUUUUAUUCAAUAAAUAUCAUUGGAAAAAUACGUUUCGUCCUCUUUAGUGAGUUGUCUAAUACGGAAAGGCCGUUCAAGAUGCGAUGGAGACUGGAGAGCGUGAAAGACCUGACUCUUGUGGAAUUGGUGGCUAAAGAUGACUUAUGCGGUAGCUAAAGAUGGCUAGGGUAGUGUCUUUUUUUUUUUGCCAAAAGAUCACUCGUAUUACCGAGAAAGCCAGAUAUAACAAGUCACACAGCUGAAAACAGCCAAGAAACAAAAUCGAACCCUCCUAAGUGAGGGAACAACGAAAGGGCUUUUCUUGCCACCAAAUGGGCAACCCUGUUACAGCUAGGGUAGUGUCUUGAUCCAAGAGAUUCCGUUACUUGCUUUAGUAAAAUGUACUUUUCAUA